GCCAUCCCUAUAAGCAACGGAUCGAGACCAGGACCCGGACAGAACCACAAACCAAAGAAAAUUAAAAGCAGUUUCCUCAGCAGGCAGCUAAGCCAAAUCCACCGCUUCUGGAAACUCCCGAAACCAGAAUUCGCACUUCUGCAGCGAGCUAGAAGGCAGCAUUUUCGUCCAAGUUUGGGGGAAUGGCGUUGCAAUGGAUGAUCCUGGCCUACGUGGUGGCAGCGGAGGUGGUACUCGUCUCUUUGUUGACGAUCCCUGCGCCAAAGCUACUCAAGAAGCAGCUGGUCUCUCUCGUCUCCUUAAUCCUACAGCCGGCGCUGUUCGUCGUCCCUUUCGCCGGAUUUCAGCUCCUCGAUAUUUAUUGGAAGAAUGAGCAUCGGUUGGUGUGCACGUCGGAUAUCUGCACCGCCGCUGAGCGGGAUCGUUAUGAGAAAUCUGCAUCAUCUGGUGAGACUUAUCCGAUAUGGGGAGAGUCUGAAGUUAAUAUAACUCUUCAGUAUUAUUACAGUAGGCCCUCCCUGCAUUUCUUAUAACCAUCAUUGUUUGGUUAUGCCGUGCUCGUGCAGAUGUACAAAUCGCAGAGGAACGUAGUUCUUUGUGCUAUAGCUUGCACGCUGUACUGGUGUCUCUAUCGUAUUUCCCAUUACCACAAAGAGAUCCAGAGGUUGGAGGAAGUGGAAAAGAGGGCCAAGGAGCAGUAGAGUUAUGCCAUGUUUUUACUGCCAUUGUAUCGACCAGAAUCUCCUUUGAUUAGUAAUCUGUAGUUGUAACAGUAUCUAAGCAGCAGCUAUUUUUCGCCUUAUUUUCCACACUUGUUAUGGACAGAUAUGUGAUUAUUAGACACAGACGCAAUUUCUGUUUAUUUUACUGGAUUUAGCACCUGUUGUGGGUUUGUUUGCUCUUCUCCCCCAUGCCUUCGGCUAAUCGGCUUAGCUCCAGUGACUAUGAUUUUGCAAUAAGAUGUGUGAUAUGAUCUAUCAUGCAUUGUUGUAUCGUGUUCUUUCUUCAAUUAACUUAUUGGCUUCUUCCGUCAAUGGAAAACAC